AUGUUGGCUGGGUGCUCUAGUUCUACAUUGUUGUCACCAAGGCAUAGAUUGAGGACCGAAGCAGCAGCCCAGUUACAAGCUUGCCAUUUUCAGCUACCAUCAAUGAGCACACAGAGGCUCGACUUACCAUGCAGCUUUCCUCGGAAGGACUCAUCUCGCUCGCAGCCGAUUAGGCCUGUGGGUCUUUCAGUGGAGAAGACAUCAAUUGAUUCAAAGACCAGCACGUGUUCGUUGAAGCAGAGUAUCCGGCUGCCUCCUCUGGCGACGAGCCGGCCGGCGGCGACUAUUCAGGCUGAGGUGAAGGAUCAGUUCUGGGAGAAGAGGGGUAAAGGGUUGAAGAGGUUUGCAGAGGUUGAAGAUGAGGAGGAUGAGGAUGAGUCCAUUAGAAACAGAGUGAAGAGGAAGAGGUGUAGCAGUGAGAAUGAUUUGAGUUUAGGGGAAUUGGGUGGUGGGAGUUUUUGGUUUCAGCCUGGCUUUCAUGUGCCGAGGUCGGUUCAAGCCAUCACAGGCAUUGAUCCGCCUCAGUUUCCGUAUACUUUUCCAAACAAUCCUUGGUUGCAGUCUGUUGUAACAGAGAUAACUGACCUUAAGGACGGCGAGACUAGCCAUGCACCGGUGGGGGAGCCUUCCGGGGAUUCGAGUACUUCAUCGGGGAGCCAGAGCUUGGGGUUGAGGGUGAAUGAGAGCGUUUCAGAACCAGAAGGGGUUGUUGGGAGUGGACAUGGUCAUAACCCUUAUGGAGAUGCAGGGGUUGAAGCAGAGGAUGAGGAGGAGAGUGAAGUGGAGCAGCAGGGGUUUGAGCUUCUUAGCUUGCUUAAUGCUUGUAUUGAAGCAAUAGGGAUGAAGAACAUUGCGGCGAUUAACCAUUUCAUAGCGAAACUGGGGGAGCUUGCUUCGCCGAAAGGAUCAGCUAUAAGCAGGCUCACUGCCUAUUACACUGAGGCUUUGGCUCUGAGAGUGACCAGGCUUUGGCCGCAUGUGUUUCAGAUUAGUCCUCCCCGUGAAUUCGAUCGGGGUGAUGAUGAGUCUGGAACUGCAAUGAGGCUGCUGAACCAGGUCAGUCCUAUUCCGAAGUUCCUCCAUUUCACUUCAAAUGAGAUUCUGCUGAGAGCUUUUGAAGGGAAAGACAGGGUUCACAUCAUAGACUUUGACAUCAAGCUGGGGCUGCAAUGGCCUAGUUUGUUCCAGAGUUUAGCAUCUAGGACUAACCCUCCUAGCCAUGUUAGAAUCACCGGAGUAGGGGAGUCGAAGCAGGAGCUCAAUGAGACGGGAGAUAGACUCGCUGGAUUCGCUGGGGCACUGAACUUGCCUUUCGAGUUUCACCCCGUGGUGGACAGAUUGGAAGACGUGAGGCUUUGGAUGCUUCAUGUGAAGGAGCAAGAAAGUGUGGCUGUAAAUUGUGCUUUCCAGCUUCACAAGACACUGUAUGACACCACCGGAGGAGCUUUCAGAGACUUCUUGGGACUGAUUCGGAGCACAAACCCCACGAUAGUACUAAUGGCGGAGCAGGAGGCCGAGCACAAUGAGCCUAGGUUGGAGGCAAGAGUCUCCAAUUCGUUGAGGUACUAUUCGGCCAUUUUCGACUUGAUUGGUUCUAGCCUUCCUUUGGACAGCCCCGCUAGAAUCAAAGUAGAAGAUACGGUGGCACGAGAGAUUCGCAACAUUGUUGCUUGCGAAGGAAGCGACAGGCUGGAGAGGCAUGAAGGGUUCGAGAAGUGGAGGAUGUUGAUGGAGCAAGGCGGGUUUCGGUGCAAUGGGAUCACAGAUAGGGAGUUUCUUCAGAGCCAGUUUCUGCUGAAGAUGUAUGAAUGUGAGAAUUACAGUGUUAAGAAGCAAGGACAAAGGCAUGAAGGACCAGCAGCACUUACUCUAAGUUGGAUGGAUCAGCCUUUGUACACAGUCUCAGCUUGGACACCAGUUGAUGUUGCAGGAGGCAGCUCAUCUUCGUUUUCGCAACCAAGUUAAAUAGCCAUAGCGUGGAUUUUGAUUUUCUUCAUACACAGUUUCGAUUCCAUUUGUUGCAGCAUACAGAAAAAAAGGGAUACAGAAUUCUUUGUAGGGUUUUAGGGAAAAGGUGUCAUUCUUUCAUUCUUUCCUUGCAGAUAAG